UCUGUGUUGUUGCUGCAUGGCGGAAGAGUCGCGACGGUGGAUGAGCUGUUCUCUGUUGUAACGAGUGAAUGUUGUUUUAUUUAGGUUUACUAAACUAACAGCGGUCCGCUGAGCUGUCCAGCUGUCCAGCUGUCUGCGCAGACAGAAAAUACAAGCAGUCUGUGUGUUAGCUGGUUUGCUAGUGUGCUCGCUGAGGGGUUUGGAGAUGUGCACACAGACCAAGGCUGCGGCGCUGAUGGCCAACAUACCGCGGGCAGACAUCGACCCGUCCGGCGUGUUCAAGUACGUCCUCAUCCGAGUUCACAGCAGAGAGGAGGGAGACGACUCGGAGGUGGACAUAGUCCGAGGGUACGGCUGGGCUGAGUACCACGCUGAUAUCUAUGACAAGGUUUCUGAGGAGCUGGAGAAGGGCGGCCACCUGGACUGUGAGUGUAUCGGAGGAGGGAGGAUCAAACAUGAUGCACAGGCCAAGAAGAUCCACGUCUAUGGAUACUCCAUGGGAUUUGGAAGAGCAAACCACGCAGUAACUACUGAGAAACUGAAGGCUCGGUAUCCGGACUAUGAGGUGACCUGGGACAAUGAAGGAUAUUGACCUGAAUCAAGACCAGCCUCUGUUGAACACUCUUGUGGACUGAGUUAGCACUUACCUGUAACCCCUCAUGAGAGCACAGAGCCUGUAGUUAAACACACAGCCUAAUAAGGAGCCUUUUGAUACCACAUUAAUAAACUAAGACUAACAUAGAGACAAGUGUGUUUCGGAAACAAGCCUUUUUUGGGGGGUUACUCACUAUGUGGCAAUUUGAGUAAAGAAAUAGCAGACCGUCAAAAUAAAUAAAUAGACAAGAUAACUGGUCGUGACAGUUUUGCAGAGUGACCGUGACUGUCACUCACUGACUUGUUUUAGAGUCACAUAGCCUAAAUUUGACCUAAGUGAAUCACUAAGAUAUACUGGAACGUGAACCCUCAAUGCUUUGUCAUGAUGUAUGUUUCAUAAAUAUUACCAGAAAUCUGCUUUUAAA